AUGAAAUACGUUUCUCGGUCGUUGGGACCAGUUACCCGGUGGUUUAAUACUACGAACUAUGUAACGCCUCCAAAUGGGCACAUCAGGAUCGAUUCUCGAUUGCUACAACUUGCUCGUGGAUUCAACCUUUACAAUCGCACCUUCAUGUCAUCGGCAGCAGAUAACCCAAACAGAAACAGCCGACCUCGGAACCCUCGUCAUAGGCAACGUAACCGUCAAGCACCGGGUAGCAUUGCCCAGCAAACCGCGGACCCCCAGCGUGCAGCUCUCGCGGCACGUCUAGCGGCGCCCAAGAUAGAGACACCCGUUGUCUCUUCUUCGGCGCCAACGCCUGCUGUCGCUACUACUCCAACAGUUUCUCGACCCUCAAGUCCCGCGCUCAAGCCCAACUUUUCUACAAUCAAGUUCGAAGACUUUGCUCAAAAAGGCCAAAUAUCCAAGGAUCAAUUGAAGAACAUUCCAUUCGAAUACGCAACCGAGGUCCAAGCCAAAACACUGGGUCACAUAUUGGCAGGAAAAGAUGUACUCGCGCGUGCGAAAACAGGAACCGGGAAGACUCUUGCAUUUCUAGUCCCUGCUAUCGAGACGCUCAGGCGCGUGGAACAAGCAUCGACUUUAGGGGUUGCGAGCGUUCUUGUGAUAUCUCCGACCCGCGAAUUGGCACAACAAAUUGGUCAAGAGGCCCAGAUGCUCGUAAAGGGAAUGCCUUAUGGAGUUCAAGUAAUCGUUGGGGGCGGCCCAAAAGUCGUUGGAGAAUCCAAUAGGCUAUUAAAGAGUCGGAUGGAUAUACUAGUUGCAACACCUGGUAGAUUAGUAGAUCACAUCCAGAAUUUUUCGAUGCGGUCCCAGUUGUCCCACAUCCGAUUCUUGAUCCUUGAUGAAGCCGAUCGCCUGCUUGACCAAGGUUUUAGACGGGAUUUAGAGACCAUUCUCCAGGCUUUACCUGAUCGGAAAAUACGGCCCCGGCAAGCGUUGCUGUUCUCAGCGACUGUAUCAGAGGAAGUAAAGAGAAUCGGGACCUUAGCCCUCUUGCCUGGGUACCAGUACGUCAGUACGGUAGCUGAAAACGAAUCAUCCACGCACGAGCAUGUUCAACAAGAGUACAUCAUAGUGGAAGAUGAUACCGACUUGAUGCCUGUUGUGGGUCGAUUAAUCGAGGAGCGUGGCAAAGUGAUUUGCUUUUUGCCAACGGCUCGAGCUACUGGUUUGAUGGCUGAAGUGAUGGACAAUGUCCUCAGUUGCCCGGUUUAUUCGAUUCAUUCUAGAAUGUCACAACCUAGGCGAACCAAAGCAACGGAAGACUUCAAGUUGGCUCCAACAGGCGUUCUAUUCUCCUCUGAUGUAACCGCACGAGGCAUCGAUAUUCCGGGGGUUACAUGUGUCAUUCAGGCCGGCUUGCCCGCGAGCGCCGAACAAUACAUUCAUAGAUUGGGUCGUACGGCUCGAGCUGGGAACGAAGGACACGGAAUACUCGUACUCUCCAAAUGGGAACAAUUCUUCCUUUCCAAGAAGGAUGUGCUCACGGCCGGACUCGACAAGAACCUAACCCCGCAUGCUGAUGCCGAAUUGAUUAAUCGAGCCGGACCUGGCUCCAUGCUAGAUGAUAUGCGAGCGCGGGUAAAAUCUGCGCUCGUUAGAACCGACGAAAAGACAAAAGAACAAGCAUAUAUUGCGUGGAUAGGAUAUUAUAAGAGCAGCUUACGCGACUUGGGGUGGAAGGAUGUGGAGCUUGUUCACCGCGCGAACGACAUGGCGCGCGAUGUGUUCCUAUACCCAGGAUACCAAGCUUCGGACAACCCCGUAUCGACCUGGGUCCCACCGCCGAUCUUGGCCAAGACGAUCGGAAUGAUGGGACUACGAGAGGUGCGCAAGCACAAUCUCUUCAACGUUCAAUCCGACAUCAGGCAAGACAGUGGACGGAGAGGUAAAGGUGCAAGUAGCGCGAGGAACCAGGGACAGGGCCCGGGACUAGGUGAAGGAGAAGCUAAGCCACUUCCCGAGUCUGUUGAAUUUCAAGCACCCCUGCCUGAAAAUCAACGGGCAUUUAGUUCCUUCCGGGGCAGGGGCGGAGGAAGAGGAAGGGGCAGGGGGAGAGGGAAAAGGCAAACGUGA